ACUUCUCAGUCAAUAGUAUUUCAGCCACCAUUAUACGGCGGCGAUGAGAAUAAGGAUGUGAAAGUAGAAGGGAUUGACAAAGGGACAUCAACUGCGAGGUCCAUGGGCGCUCAACCGACAGCAGCAAGCAGCAGGCCAAAAACCAGAAAAGAGCCUCGUAAACAAACACGACAGCCCGACAUUGAGAUCGAGCCUCGGAAAGGAGCUGUCGAAGUCUACAAUGAUGGGGACAUCGGCAUCGCUAUUUGCCCUCAGGAAGCAUAG